AUUGACAGUAGCACCUGUCUCCUGUCGAAUGGUCCCCAUCUCAAAAGACUCCUCUUUGUAAGCGUAAGAGAGUGCAGGGUUCCGUCUAACUUGAAGAUGCUGGCUCCGUACGCUGUCUGUGCUCUUUUCCUAUUGGUGCCUUUCUGUGCCCGAGCAAAUGAUGAACCUGUAGAUCCUCCUAGAACACCGUGCGCUAAUUGGAUGGGUGGAGCACCAGGAUACCCUGGGCACAAUGGACUUCCAGGAAGGGAUGGCAGAGAUGGAAAGAAUGGAGAAAAGGGAGAUACAGGAGAACCAGGUGCUGAAGGCCAGAAAGGUGAUGUUGGUAAAGAAGGACCCCCAGGACCCCAGGGGCCAGCAGGUCCCAAAGGACCUCCUGGGAAUAAAGGAGAAAGUUCCUUUGUGCACCGCUCAGCCUUUAGUAUGGGUUUGACUGGAAAAGUUCCUCUUCCUAACGUACCAAUUCGGUUCACCAAGGUCUUCUACAAUGAGCAGAGCCAUUAUGAUGACACCACUGGGAAGUUCCGUUGUGUCAUACCAGGUCUUUACCAGUUCUCCUACCACCUCACUGUCUACGUGAAAGACAUAAAAGUAGGACUAUUCCGGAACAAUAAGCCUGUAAUGUUUACAUUUGAUCAGUAUCAGAGCAAUAACGUAGACCAGGCCUCUGGCUCUGUCCUACUGCAGCUAAAAGUUGGGGAUGAGAUUUGGUUGCAGAUAUAUGGAGAUGAAAAUUUUGCAGGUGUCUAUGGAGACAAUCUCAAUGAUUCCACUUUCUCUGGAAUCCUGCUGUACGCAGACCAGGGUUACAUGUAAAU